UGGCACUACGCAUGCGCCGUGUGUCUCCGUCAUUGUGCCCUGUGCUAACGCUAGGCUAACUGUCAUUCACGUUCAGUGCACUCAGCAGGGUCGCUCCAGUUUUGGCAGACUCCACUGCAGAAAUAAUUUAUACUGCACAAUGGCUGUCCCUCCUUCAUACUCAGACUUGGGCAAGGCUGCCAAAGACAUAUUCAGCAAGGGCUAUGGAUUUGGUGUUGUGAAGCUCGACUUGAAGACAAAGUCACAAAGUGGAGUGAUGGAGUUCAACACAUCUGGUUCCAGUAACACGGACACAGGCAAGGCCUCGGGGAGCCUGGAGACCAAAUACAAGAUGAAGGAACUGGGCCUCAGCGUCAACCAGAAGUGGAACACAGAUAACACAUUGGCUACUGAGGUCACUGUGGAGGACCAGCUGGCUCAAGGGUUGAAGGUUGCCUUGGAUACAUCUUUUGUACCAAACACGGGCAAGAAGAGUGGCAAGCUGAAGACUGGCUACAAGCGAGACUACAUGAACCUGGGCUGUGAUAUCGAUUUUGAGGGUCCCGUCAUCCACGCUAAUACUGUUCUGGGUUAUGAGGGAUGGCUGGCUGGCUACCAAAUGGCGUUUGACACCGCAAAGUCGAAACUGGUCCAGAACAACUUUGCUCUGGGAUACAGGGCAGGGGACUUCCAGCUGCACACCAAUGUUAAUGAUGGGACUGAGUUCGGCGGGUCCGUCUAUCAGAAGGUGAACGAUGACCUGGAGACGGCCGUCACUUUGGCCUGGACAGCCGGCAGCAACAACACUCGCUUUGGCAUUGCCGCAAAAUACAAGAUGGACAAAGAUGCUUCUGUGUCGGCCAAAGUGAACAAUGCCAGUCUGAUUGGAAUUGGCUACACCCAGAGCCUCCGACCAGGUGUGAAGGUUACCCUCUCAGCCCUGAUUGAUGGGAAGAACUUUAAUGCUGGUGGACAUAAAGUCGGCUUGGGCUUCGAGCUGGAGGUGUAAAAGGGGGAACUCAGAUCUAACGGCAAAGAAGAGAAGCCCAGAAACGAACACCGUGCACUCCUCAGAUCCCCCAAAACACGCUCCUCAUUGCCCCAGUCCUCCAUGUAGCUGCUCCUCUCUGGACGUCACACUUUCGUCCCUGUCCACACAUUUCUCACGUGAUUUCUGGCAGGAAGGGCAUCGUGCUGCCUCACACACCGGGAGUUUGAUUGCUUGUUGGUCAUGAAGCUUUAGUGAUUAAUACUAUUUAUUUUCCUGUAGGACUUGGCUAUGUCGUCGUCGGUGUCUGUGUAGCUCAUUAAAGCCUCUGUGUGCGAUCGGUCCCGCUUUUCGUCUGAAUGAGAAUGCGGGAUCCGGCUGAUCAUGGUGCUGAUGGUCUGUUGUGUCUGUUAUAUCGGCUUGGUGAAGAAAUGUGG